CUUGAUUUUUUUCCUUGAAAACUUUUUGCUUCUCAUCCAAGAAGCAUCUUUAGUUUGUAUAGACAUAUAGAUAAGCACCCUUUUGACUAUAAUUUACAAGCCAGCUAUGGGUUCACAUGUGAAACUUGCCAUGCAACUUAUACUUCACUUGCUUGGUAUUUCCCUUGUCCUGAUUCUUACAUUCUAUAGUUAUAUCAUUUAUGAAAAAAAAAAGCCAAGACUGAUAAUGCUUCUUGGCAAUUCUCCAGAAUUUCUGAAAAAAAAGUAAUGGAUGGAGAUUUGGCUAGGCCAUCAGCCAAGUUCCUUUAAUAUCUCAAGAGGGAGUGCACCUGGUUGUGGAGAUUUCCUUUUAUUCAAGUGACGUGCAUCCCUGCGAAUCAAGUCAGGGUUAAGGAGUCAUUGGUAGAUCCCUGGAGCGAUGCCUGGGCCUCAAGAGAGGGCAGGGAACAUGUGCCAGUGCCUCUUCAUUAUACAUGGACAAACGAGAUACAACAAAGAGAAGAUAAUGCAAGGUCAGGGUGUGGACGAGCCUCUCUCCGAGACUGGGUUCAAGCAAGCCAAUGCAGCUGGGAUGUAUCUCCGUCAUAUCAGGUUUACUCACGUCUUCACCAGUGACCUGAUUCGGGCAAAGCAGACCACGGCUUCAAUUCUUACACAUAGCCAGCACUGCAAAGAGAUGCCUGUAAAAUGUGAUGCCCGCCUUCGAGAACGGAAAUACGGAGUGGCGGAAGGGAGGCCUCUCAGUGAUCUUAAGGCCAUGGCCAAGGAAGCUGGGGAGCCAUAUCUCUCUUUUACCCCUCCUGGAGGAGAAACCCUGGAUGAAGUGAAAGCCCGCGUCAAGGAUUUCUUCGAAUACCUUUGCAGUCUUGUUGCCCAGGAGGCAUGUCUAGAAAAACAAGUUUCCCCGGGGACAGAAGAAAAUACAGAAACAGCAGAAGGAAGUUCUGCCACUUCGUUGCCAAACCACCACGAUGGACCGGAAUUAGAAUCUAAUUCCGAAGAAGCUGCAUCUGGAGGACUGGUAGCCAACAUCCUAGUUGUGAGUCAUGGGGCGUACAUGAGAAACUGGAUUGGCUAUUUCAUUUCAGACCUGCAGUGUAGUUUGCCAGCCACGUUGACAAAGGCUGAAUUGUCCUCGGUUACUCCCAAUACCGGGAUUAGCCGCUUCAUUGUAAAACUGGAAAUGAGGGAGAGCCUCCUUCCGCCUCAAAUCCGCUGCCUUUUUCUCAAUAGAAGCGAUCACUUACGUGACAUGAGUGACAGCUGAACGCACGUGGCUGUACGGCGUUUAACCCAGAAGGAAAUUAUUUAUGCCCCGCGUGGAAUCGCCAUAUUACCUUUUUUUUCAAUUAUGUUUGAAAACCUAGCAUGUUGGAAAGAAUUUUCCACUAAGGAAUUUAAACUUUC